AUGUCCAAAUUAAAAACAUUAAAAAAUAUUAUCGAUCGAAUGAAAGCUAUGUGUAAUUAUGUUACAUUACAAGCAAAUAAAUCUGGUGAUAUGACAGUAAAAAUUGAAACGGAUACAGCACAAGUAGCAACAUAUUUUACUGGUCUUCAAGGAACAUCGAGAACAAAUCCUAUGAAUGAUGAUCGAUCUGAAUGGGAUAUGCCAAUAACACAACAAUCAAGUUCAUCAUCAACAAAUUCUAUUGAUACAGCUGAAGUACGUUUAGAUAUUAAGAAAUUUGCACAAUUACUUCAUUCACAACAACCAUAUGCAGAAAAAAUGGUUUUUAAUUUCUGUAAUAAUAGCAUGUUACAUAUUUGUAUUGUUGCAGAAUAUUUUACACUUCAAUGUAUUUUACCUUCAAUUCAACUCUAG